AUGUUGGUCUGUUAUCGGCCUCUACUUUUCUCUGUCUUCACUCGGACUUGACAUGUCCCGGUCUUGGUAUAGCGGUCUGGACAACAACACUAGUUCACGCACCAGUACCAUUAAGGAGAGAAGCUGAACAAGGGUAAAACAGAGGAGGUGUCUGCUUAUGGGAUGGCCCUGUAAACUCUGCACAUUGGUUGCUUCAUCAAAAGAUGAAUUCAGUUGUUUUGAAAGUUAUUAUAGAACACAGAAGUGAGAAGCUUCUACUGUCAUCUGGAAUACCAAGUACUGUUGAGCAAUUACAUGAAACUGUGAAAGGGACAUUUGGACUCAUUGAGGAUUUUGUCCUGCAUUACUUGGAUGAGGACUUUGGUGAUUACUUUACUCUCCAUUCUACUAGCCAGAUUAAACACAAGGGGACAAUUAAAGUUGUGGUAAUUCCAUCAGUAGUGCUUACACUCACUGGUUUGACUGAAAACCAGAGUGAUGUUAGUGAUCUAAAUAACAUUACAAACUCUGUUACUGAUGCAAGGGGAGAAUGCCAGAUGGAUAAUACAUCAGUGUCUACACAAGACACUAUUCUGCUAUACCCUUGUGAAAGCACCCAUAGAACAUUAUGGCCAGAUGAAAUCUUCAUUCCUCUUUUCUCUGGGGCAACCGAGGCAAUUCUGAGGAACGCCAAUGAAGAAUUUCUCCGAAAUGGUGCUUUGCUGAACCAUACUUGGGUAAAGUCUGAAAUAAUGGAAAAAUUAGCAGACUAUAUGUACAGCUACACAGCCUACCCCACAGGCCUUCAGAUUGGUCAGGUAGCAGAGGCUUUAGUAAAAAAGCACCCAUGUCUGACAGAACCAGGCAGUCGUAAUGGAUGGAUAGGAUGGAUGUAUAGUCUCAAGUACAAGAUGGGAAAUUACAGAUCAAAGCUCAGAAGUUUUGGAUUCCCUGAGGUUACCUGCAACUCACUUAAGAACAAGCACCCUGAUGAUCAGUCUCCUGCAAAAAAUAUAAAGAAAGCAAGGAAAGGAGAGGUGCUGUUUCUUCCACACUAUCCAGUAGGAGACAGCAAGGAACAGCAAGAGCUGGACCGAUGUCAAUUAAUUGCCGAAUCAAAGAAGAAAGACAGCACAGCCAUCAAUGACUUGAUGUGUAGAACAUUCGCACAUAGAAGACAUGAUGUCGUUACCCUACAGAUGAGCAUCAAAGACCUCAAGAACAGAUGGCCUGCCUUGUUUAAUGUCUCGCAAGUCAGUGCAGAGUUUCAGAGAAUCACCACACUGACUCUCGAGCCAAAGUUCUUUUCAAUGUUGGAUCGCUAUUCUCCUAAAUUGCUGUCCCUGUUCCAAGCGAAGAAGGGUGCUGCAGGAGAAAGACAUCGAGCUCAAAUGAGUACUCUUCUUCAGAGUGGAAUCCCCAUUCAGCGAAGACGUGAAGUAGUCAUCUGAUGCCUCAUAGACCAUCUGGGAGAAGAUGCUGGUGCUUUGAUAAAGGACUUUCAGGACCCUGCUGAUGCUCUUGUCAAUGUUCAAGAAGAGCUCGCAGAGGAGGUGAUGAAGGUUUACCUGCUGCGGAAUCGAGAAGAGUCAAGUGAAGAAUCUCCUGAUGUAGGGAUUGUGAUUGAGGGCACCACUGUCCUCAGCGGUCUUGAGGAUCUUAGCAGAGCCUGUUGCUAUUUGUUGGGACUGACCUAUGCCUUGGAUCUGAGAUACCCCAAGAAUCUCAAAUACAGUUUUGGGUUUUUCCAAAAAGUACUGCUGGAGCUGGAUUCUGGAAACCUUUCCACUAAGGUUCAAAGACUCAAAAACUACCUGCAUGUGUAGUUUCGAAGUACUGAUCAGAGAGAUCUUUCUGCUGGAAUUUUCCAUUGUCAAUGUAUAUCUGAGGGAAGAGUCCACUGUUCUCUUUAAAUGCAGGUGGAUAUUUCCAGUGGUAAAAUACUAUUUGUACUGGAAUUGAUUGCUUGUUUAAAACCAAUCUUCUAUGCCAUUUUGAGUUUUUGAAUCACAGCCUGUGAUUUGACAAGAGACUAAUACAAAAUGUGAAAUGUAGCAUUUGUCCUCAAUUAGCAAUUUCAUAUUUUAAGUCUGUUAACUCUUUUCAAGAUAAGAGCUCAAGUUUUUUUUUUUUUUGUGAUUUUACAUGUAAAAAUCCAACAAAUGGAUGUGUAAUUUUAAGGCAGGAAGAUUUUAUCCUAGCACAGAAGCUCACAGAACUCAAGCUUUUAAUGUAUGUCUAAUCAGACUUUUUCAAGUGAGGAUGUUCGCUGAAAAUGGGCAAAAAUGAAAGAGGAAUUCCGGUGUGAAAUUGACCUUGUCUGUAAUAAAACAUGACUAACCUUUGUUGAAUAGCCAUCUUCCGUUCUACCACAGCUUACGUAUGCCCCAUAUAACACCAUAUAGCCAAUUCUGAAAAGUGGAAAAUAUUCUGUAUUCUGGAAAGCUGCGGGAGAACGUAGGUUGGCUAGUCAGCAAAGGUUAGUACCCUUAUCAUGCUUUUAUACUACAGCCUAAGUCAAUUUUCCACCGGAAUUGUACUUUAAGAUAAAGAAGAGGGUAUUCGCUUUCAUGUCACUUCCCGUGCUAGUUAUGUUAUUGGAAUAUUCAUUUAUUUGAAGAUUUAUUAGUCUAAAUGCAUAAGGUGCUGGAACAACCAGUGGUUCCAUGGAGUUUAGGUGUGUUUCACCCAGUGACUGUAAAAAAAAACAUUGAUGCCAUAACUUGGCCUGUUUCACCUUAAAUGCCUAAAGUACAUAUCACUCUAACUGCACUUAAGGGUGAGGUUUUUUGAAAACAGUUUUUAAAGGAAGUACAGUUAACCAGAGGCACAACCUCUCUACCUGUUCACUUGUUCUGUCCUCACUCAUUUGUGACUCACUCUACAGACAUGCUAUUCCAGCAAAUACUGGCAAUCAUUGUAUUAUUACUUUUAAUGCAACCAGCUCAUGAUAUAGCAGUUAGGCUAUAUAUAGUGGUACAAUAAAUUUUAUUAUUGUCUGAUCGAAUUUCCGGUUUUCCUUAAUCCUAGGCAGCCUCUGUUCAUUUUUUGCUGUUGUAUUGAGUCUUAAAUAGAAUGAAGGACCUGUUUUUGUUGGUGUAUUUCAUAUUUGAGAGGUUGAAUUUCGUGUUCCACUUUUGGAAUAAAUCUUUAAAAUAUUAAUGUC